GUCCGCCGCACGCGCUCCUUCCUCCGGGGCCGGCCUUGUCCGUGUGCGCGUGAGGCGAGGACGUGCGCGCACCGGUUUCUUUUACGUUUUCUUCUCUUUUGGCUUCGCAGCAGCGCGCGACUCUUCUCUGUAGUCAGCCGACGGCAGACUUCACCAACAACUACUCCAGUGGCGAUGGUGAUUGACAGAUGAUCUGACGGAGGAAGACAUCAGACGCUGUCUCCCUGCUGGUGAUUAUGGGGUGCUCCUGUUGCAAGCAGAAGAAGUCCUCCAAAUCAAAAGAAGCAACAUCAGCGGUAGAUGUUGCAGACCUGUCGCCUAGCAACGCAGACGAUCGGUCAACCGAGACCUCCAAUCAGGGCCGGUACUGUGCCGAUCCCACUCAGAGCAUCCCGGACUACAACAAGACCUUCUUGACCAGCACCGGCUUCCCCAGCAUCAACUCAGGCCAUCAACAUGGAGUUGUUGGAGUCACGUUCUUCAUAGCUCUGUAUGACUACGACGCUCGCACCGAAGAUGACCUCACCUUUCAGAAAGGAGAGAAAUUCCAAAUCAUCAACAACACGAGCCUACUCUCUGUCCAUCCGUGACUGGGACGACAACAAGGGAGAUCAUGUCAAGCAUUAUAAGAUUCGGAAACUAGACAAUGGAGGCUACUACAUCACCACCAGAUCACAGUUUGACACUGUUCCACAGCUGGUCCAGCACUACACAGAGAGAGCGGCAGGACUGUGCUGCCGUUUGAUUGGCAGCUGUAAGCGGGGCAUGCCUAAGCUGGCCGACUUAUCUGUGAAGACCAAGGAUAUGUGGGAGAUUCCCCGCGAGUCUCUCCAGCUGAUUAAGAAACUGGGCAACGGCCAGUUUGGAGAAGUCUGGAUGGGCUCUAACGAUGGGCUGUGUUAUUACCUAACCAAGCCCUGCCCCAACUCCACCCCCCUCACCUUGGGUCUUGGGCGAGAUGCCUGGGAGGUAUCGAGGGAAACGCUGGCCCUGCAAAGGAAGCUGGGACAGGGCUGCUUCGGGGACGUAUGGAUGGGCAUGUGGAACGGCACCACCAAGGUAGCGGUGAAGACUCUGAAGCCAGGAACCAUGUCCCCCGAGGCCUUCCUGGAGGAGGCUCAGAUCAUGAAGAGACUUCGGCACGACAAGCUGGUGCAGCUCUACGCCGUCGUGUCUGAGGAGCCCAUCUACAUUAUCACCGAGUUCAUGAGCCAAGGAAGUUUGUUGGACUUCUUAAARGACGGAGAGGGACAGAACCUGAAGCUGCCUCAGCUGGUGGACAUGGCAGCGCAGAUUGCCGCCGGGAUGGCGUACAUCGAGCGGAUGAACUACAUCCACCGUGACCUGCGAGCGGCCAACAUCCUCGUCGGAGACAACCUGGUGUGCAAGAUUGCCGACUUCGGCCUGGCUAGGCUCAUCGAGGACAACGAGUACACAGCCAGACAAGGAGCAAAGUUCCCUAUCAAGUGGACGGCUCCAGAAGCGGCGCUCUAUGGACGCUUUACCAUCAAGUCAGACGUCUGGAGCUUCGGCAUCCUGCUAACCGAACUCAUCACUAAAGGACGUGUGCCCUACCCAGGCAUGAACAACCGUGAGGUGCUGGAGCAGGUGGAGAGGGGCUACCGGAUGCCCUGCGCCCACGGCUGCCCGGCCUCGCUCCAUGAACUCAUGCUGCAGUGCUGGAGGCGGGAGCCCGACGAGAGGCACACCUUCGAGUACCUGCAGUCCUUCCUGGAGGACUACUUCACGGCCACCGAGCCGCAGUACCAGCCGGGAGAGAACCUGUGACCGCGCUCGGGUGCGCAGCUCCAAAUGGACGUGCACGCAAACCCGCUGACGGGCGUCUUGAUGCGCACGCACCUUUACCCGCCUGUGGUGUAUUCUAAUCCCACACUGGAUGAAAACYUAUAUGAAGAUACAUAUCACCGACUUACUGUAAGAGCUUAAGGACCAUUUCUUUUCUUUUGGUCGCCCGAUCGCUGCUUCCUGCUUUGAACAGAUCAUGAGGAGAAUCAGUGCUUUCCUGGUCAGGCCUCGCAGAAAUGUUGCUUUACUCUGUAACCAUGACAACAAGAAAAAUGCAGGCGGUUKUGGUUGGGGUGGGGGAAGUCCAGCGGGUACAUGAUCUGUUCAGCUGCCAUGUUUGUUCAGGUCCUUUGAUUUCUCUUCCUGCAAGGAGAAUUUUAUUAGAUCGACUGUUCAGCCUGUGGGAAAAUGUGCCGCAAACAAAUCGCACCUGCAACAAGUUUGUCGGGGUCUUCGACAACUGUCGCUGAAACUGACUGGAUCAUUUAGUUCCUGUUUUAAAAGAUUCAUUUCUCUGCAAUAAGAAAACACAGAUUCUGUCAAUUUCCUUUCAUUUCAGAUGAAAAUGGAUCCAUCAUUUAUGUCUCKUGUUUUUAUUUCAACAUGUGCCUUAAUACUGUUUAAAAAGUUUAAAAAGUGCUUUAUCUUUGUUAUUUUUUAGACAGAUUUGUAUGAUUUGUCUCUUACGUUGUGCUAAUUUAACUCAAAGAUGUGCAUCAAAUAUCUAUAUCUAGUAAACAUGUAUACAGCUGUCAGCCUGCUGGGGGGUUAAAUGUCAGACAAAACAUGGAAAACUCAGUUGGCUUUGGAUGGUUAGCAUUUUUUUUUUCUCCAAAGAAUGUAAUCUUUAUAUUGUGAUCUGUAAUCUGUCAUGUUUUGUAAUAAAGAUCAGGUGACAGAAUCUCUA